CUGGCGGAAAUCAGAAGACCGCUGUUGUUAGGUACUUCCGGUUUAAAAAUGACAGUGUACACCCUAUACAUUUUUGAUAGAAAUGGAACUUGCUUAUAUUAUACGGAGUGGAAUAGGAAGAAACAGCCAGGAAUGAGCAAAGAUGAGGAGUUCAAAUUGAUGUAUGGUAUGAUUCAUUCGAUCAAGUCGUUUGUGCACAGGAUCGCACCAACAGAUCUAAGGGAUGGUUUCUCAAAUUUUCGCACUAGUAGAUACAAGCUGAAUUUUUAUGAGACUCCAAGUGGUAUGAAGUUUAUAAUGACAACAGAUUUAACAGUGGGUAACAUCAGAGAUAUUCUACAUCAGAUCUACAGUAAUAUUUUUGUUGAGUAUGUUGUACGGAAUCCACAGUGUGAAUUAGGACAACCAAUCACAAGUGAGCUGUUCCAGACCAAACUAGACGAGUUCAUCAGAGGACUUUCUAUAUUCCCAACAAGGAUAUCCUAGCAACUCCACUGAAAUAUUUAGUGAUUGUGUGUAAUUUUUAAAUCAAUUUAAAUGUGUACAUUUACUUGUGUAGUUGCUGAAAUAUUACAUGACACUUUGAAAAUUUGAUAAAAAUCUGCAGACUUCAAUGCUCUAUAGAUUACACAAGCAAAAGUUGAUAUGUAGCGCGUUUUAAAAAUGAAGGGCUGCUCAUAGUAAAGAAAGAUUUUGUUUUUAUUUUGGGAUGGCCCGUCCUGGAAUCUACAAGUAGAUCUUGUGAAAUAAUCAACAAGUUACUGUACAUCAGUAGAAUGGGUGAUGCAUGUCUUAACAGAGGUUGUUUGUACUGUAAGGUAUUUGUGAAGAAAGGUUCUGCAUAUAUGUAAUUGAUGAGUAUUGUAUUUGCAAUUUGAACUGUACUCUAAAUAGUAAAAUAAAUCAGUCUUUCAAACCA